GGCGAAAAGGCAAUCUAAUAGAAACUUUUGCCCAGGCAAUUUGUGCGACAGAAAGAGCGAAAACUGACCAUUCGCCACGAGAGACCUCAACAUAGCCCCCACUGACACACUGAUCCCAAAGGAGCCGCCCAAACAGCCGCCAUCAUGUAUGGAAUGCUGUACGAGAGCGUGCAGCACUACAUCCAGAAGGAGUAUGGGAUGGAGAUGUGGAAAAAGAUCUGCCAGAUAAUCGACUGCAAGCACAACAGCUUUAAGACCCACCAGAUCUAUCCGGACAAGAUGAUGCCGGACUUUGCCGCAGCCCUCUCCGCCUGCAGCGGCGAGUCCUUCGAUUUCUGUAUGAACUUCUUCGGCAAAUGCUUCGUGAGGUUCUUCACCAACUUUGGCUACGACAAGAUGAUUCGCUCCACGGGCCGAUAUUUCUGCGACUUUCUGCAGUCCAUCGACAACAUACACCUUCAGAUGCGGUUCACCUAUCCCAAGAUGAAAUCCCCGAGCAUGCAGCUGACCAACAUGGAUGACAAAGGAGCUGUUAUCCUCUAUCGCAGUGGACGAACAGGCAUGUCCAAGUACCUUAUUGGGCAGAUGACGGAGGUGGCUAAGGAGUUCUAUAACCUGGACAUGACUGCGUAUGUUCUGGAGAGCCAGAACGACAUUUGCGGCGGAACAGCGGGUCCCAUCAAGCUGUCGGAGGGUCCGAUGACUGUGAUCGUCAAGUACCGCCUGGACUUUGAUAAUCGCGACUAUAUGGCCAAGAGGGUGAACGUCGUUGCCCAUCCGUCCCAGAUGAAGAUGCCAUCGGUGGACCUAAACGUGUUCCUGGAGCUGUUUCCCUUCACGAUCGUGUUGAACCACGACAUGAAGAUAACACUCGCUGGCGAGAAGAUCAUCGAAACGUGGAUACUGCACAAUCCGGGGGUGAAUCCGAAGAGCUUCAUUGGCAGUCACAUUUUGGAUUUGUUUAAGUGCAGGAGGCCCAAGGACACCAAGAUCGAGUGGGAGACCAUUCUCCAGAUGCGAACGGUUCUCUUUGAGUUUGAGCUUAUCCGCACGGGUCACAAUCGCGCGGCAUACGAUGCAGCCCUAAACUUUGACUACGACACCUUCGACGAUGCCAGCCUCAACGAAGCCCAAGCCAUGGCCGUGGCCAGUGCCAAGGAAUUCAGUGUGGAGCACGCCAAGGACGACGAAGCUGCUGCCGCCACGAAGGAUGAAAUCGACCCUGCCACGGGACAGCGUCGUCCCUCUGUAGGUCUCCGAUCCAUCCUGCUCAAGGGUCAGAUGUUCUACAUUAAGGAUGUGGACUCGCUGAUAUUCCUGUGCAGUCCGUUGAUCGAGAAUCUGGAUGAGUUGCACGGCAUUGGUCUGUACCUAAACGAUCUCAACCCGCAUGGCCUCAGCAGGGAGCUGGUCAUGGCUGGCUGGCAGCACUGCUCCAAGCUGGAGAUCAUGUUCGAGAAGGAGGAGCAGCGUUCCGAUGAGCUGGAAAAGUCCUUAGAGCUCGCUGAUUCCUGGAAACGUCAGGGUGAUGAGCUCCUCUACUCCAUGAUCCCUCGUCCCAUUGCCGAACGCAUGAGGAAGAGUGAGGAGCAUGUCUGCCAAAGCUUUGAGGAGGUCUCCGUCAUCUUCAUCGAGGUGCUGAAUGUUUACGACAGCGGCUCGAACAACAUCCAAGACGCUAUGCAAGCUGUGACCACACUGAACAAGGUAUUCUCGGCUCUCGAUGAAGAAAUUAUUUCCCCGUUCGUAUACAAAGUGGAGACCGUGGGCAUGGUAUAUAUGGCCGUGUCAGGAGCACCCGACGUUAAUCCUUUGCAUGCGGAGCACGCAUGUGAUCUGGCCCUGCGCGUGAUGAAGAAGGUAAAGGCCCAUGCGCUGCCCGGCGUGGCUAUUCGGGUGGGCAUCAACUCGGGUCCCGUGGUGGCCGGAGUCGUUGGCCAAAAGGUGCCCCGUUAUUGCCUUUUCGGGGAUACGGUCAAUACCGCCUCCCGCAUGGAGAGCAGCAGCGAUCCCUGGAAGAUUCAGCUCUCUAACUACACAGCCACAAAGGUACGAAAGAUCGGAUACAAAUUGGAGCUGCGUGGCUUGGUCAAGGUCAAAGGCAAGGGCGAGAUGGAAACUUUUUGGCUGCUGGAAGGACCGGAGUAAUAUUGUAGCACUAUCAAUUGACUUGACCAAUUAUAUAAUAAUAA